GACAAAGUGUGUUUCCGGUAUAACGUGUGUGUUGAUCGGUGUUCAGCCUUUUUCUCUUGGCUUUCAUUAGAACAGUCAGUCACAUCUGUGUCCCGGCUCCCUUAACCUGGUCACCCCUUAACGGCGAGAUAUCUCAAACCGGUGGACAUGGCUUCUGUUUCGGCACCAGCUCAGACAGCCCCCCUUCCGGCUGGUCCUAUGCAAAGAGGAAUUGUAAAAAUGGUCUUGUCAGGCUGUGCUAUCAUUGUUCGGGGCCAGCCUCGAGGCGGCCCACCACCAGAGCGUCAGAUCAAUCUCAGUAACAUUCGAGCUGGAGUCAUGGCCCGCCGAGCAGCACAAGGCCAACCCGACACCAAGGACAUCCCUGAUGAGCCGUGGGCCUUCCAAGCCAGAGAAUUCCUGAGGAAGAAACUAAUUGGCAAAGAAGUGUGCUUCACUGUGGAAAACAAGACAGCUUUGGGCCGCGAGUAUGGCAUGGUCUACCUGGGGAAAGAUGCGACAGGUGAAAACAUUGCUGAGUCUUUGGUGAAUGAAGGCCUUGCGACAGUCCGAAGGGAUGGAAUCAGAGGGAACAAUCCAGAUCAGGCCAGACUCUGUGAUUUGGAGGACCAGGCGAAGGCUUCAAGAAAGGGCUUGUGGAGUGAGGGUGGCGGCACACACACCAUCCGUGACAUCAAGUACACCAUAGAGAAUCCCCGCAACUUCGUCGACUCCUUGCACCAGAAACCCAUUAACGCCAUCAUUGAGCAUGUGCGUGACGGCAGUGUUGUUCGUGCCUUGCUGCUCCCCGACUACUACCUGGUCACUGUCAUGCUGUCUGGUGUCAAGUGCCCCACAUUUAAGAGAGAAGCGGACGGGACGGAAACAUCGGAGCCAUUUGCAGCAGAGGCCAAAUUCUUCACUGAAUCCCGUCUUCUGCAGCGAGAUGUUCAGAUUAUUCUGGAGAGCUGCCCCAACCAGGUCAUACUGGGCACCAUCCUUCAUCCGAACGGUAACAUUACAGAACUCCUGCUGAAGGAAGGCUUUGCACGGUGCGUGGACUGGUCCAUGGCUGUUUACACCCAGGGAGCUGAGAAACUCAGAGCUGCUGAACGAUCUGCUAAAGAGCGCAAGAUCCGCAUCUGGAAAGACUAUGUGGCGCCCACAGCCAACCUGGACCAGAAGGACAGGCAGUUUGUAGCUAAGGUGAUGCAGGUGGUCAACGCUGACGCCAUGGUGGUCAAGCUCAACUCUGGCGAAUACAAAACCAUCCACCUGUCCAGCAUUCGUCCCCCUAGGAUUGAAGGAGAGGAGAAGAACAAGGACAAAGACAAACGAUUCCGCCCUCUUUAUGACAUCCCCUACAUGUUCGAGGCCCGUGAGUUCCUGAGGAAGAAACUCAUCGGUAAAAAGGUCAAUGUGACAGUGGACUACAUCAGAGCAGCUACCGGUCCAGGAGAGGGAACGCCUGCCUUCCCAGAACGCACCUGUGCUACAGUCACAAUUGGUGGAAUCAACAUAGCAGAAGCUCUGGUCAGUAAAGGCCUCGCCACAGUCAUCAGAUACAGACAGGAUGAUGACCAGCGCUCCUCCCAUUACGAUGAGCUGCUCGCUGCAGAGGCACGGGCCAUAAAGAAUGGGAAAGGCCUCCACAGCAAGAAGGAGGUGCCUAUUCACAGAGUGGCUGACAUCUCUGGGGAGACGCAGAAAGCCAAGCAGUUCCUGCCCUUCCUGCAGAGGGCCGGCCGGUCAGAGGCCGUGGUAGAACACGUCUUCAGCGGAUCACGCCUCAAGCUGUACAUGCCCAAAGAAACCUGCCUCAUCACAUUCCUCCUUGCUGGUAUUGAAUGUCCACGUAGUUCCAGGAAUACGCCCGGGGGAAUGCAGGUGGCCGAACCCUUCAGCGAUGAGGCCGUGUUGUUCACCAAAGAGCUGGUGCUGCAGAGAGAGGUGGAAGUUGAAGUGGAGAGCAUGGACAAAGCAGGGAACUUCAUUGGCUGGCUGCACAUCGAGGGUGUGAAUCUGUCUGUGGCGCUGGUAGAAAAUGCUCUGUCCAAGGUCCACUUCACAGCAGAGCGCAGCGCCUACUACAAACCUCUGGUGUCUGCAGAGGAGACAUGCCGACAGAGGAAAGAGAAGAUCUGGGCCAACUAUGAGGAGAAACCAGUGGAGGAGGUUGUGCACCUUUCAGAGGAGAAGGAACGCGUGGCCAACUACAGAGCAGUAUAUGUCACUGAAAUCUCCGACAACCUACACUUCUACGCCCAGGAUGUAGAGACAGGAGGCCAGUUGGAGAGCCUGAUGGAAACCAUGAGAGCAGAGAUCGCCGCCCAGCCUCCUGUGGAAGGAUCCUAUUCCGCACGGCGAGGGGACUACUGCAUAGCCAAGUUUGCAGAUGGUGAAUGGUACAGAGCCAGAGUGGAGAAAGUGGAGUCGCCGGCAAAGGUUCACGUCUUCUACAUCGACUACGGCAACAGAGAAGUUUUGUCGUCCACCCGUCUGGCUGCCAUGCCUCCUGCCUUCAGCACCAGGAAUCUGCCAGCGCAGGCCACCGAGUACACCUUCGCCUUCAUCCAGGUCCCGCAGGACGAGGACGCCCGUGCGGAUGUGGUGGACUGUGUGGUGCGUGACAUCCAGAACAGCCAGUGCCUGUUGAACGUGGAGUAUUCAGGUGCCACCUGCCCGCACGUCACAAUACAGUUUUCAGACACGAAGGAGGACGUUGGCCUUGGUUUGGUCAAAGAAGGCUUUUGCAUGGUGGACGUCCGCAAGGAGAAGCACCUGCAGAAGAUGGUGACCGAGUACUUGAACAGUCAAGAAUCUGCCAAGAGUGCCAGGCUCAACAUUUGGCGCUACGGAGACUUCCGUGCAGAUGAUGCCGACGAGUUUGGCUACAGCCGUUAAAAAAAAAGAGAAAAAUAAACGUGACCAUCCAGUAAACAUCAUUCCAAAGACCAACAUGGACGGCAAGCGAUGCAUCGGAGAGAAGAUGAACCUAAAUGACAAGCAUUGACUCACUCUUCCUUUUUGACAUUUCAUCCUUCUGGUCUGGCUUCUCUUCUACUUGUAUCUUUUUCUUUCCUGUCUCUUCCAGCUUGCUUUUAUAGCUGCAAGAAACUCCUAACAAUGCUAAAAAGAUAAAAAAAUAAUCAGCUUCUAUUCAUCCUUUAUUUUCUAAUCAGCCACUACUAGCUCAAGCAAGCUGUUGCCAAUCUGUAUUUUUCCUCAUAUCACCUCCUUGACAGACUUCCUCUGUGAAUCAUAAUUAAACUUAAGUCUCUCAACUAUUCAUGUUCUUCGCACUCAGAGGCUCUAACCCAGUAGCUGCUUUCCUCUUUACUGGAAGCUACCGGAUAUUUUGGUGGUAGAGGCUCAAUUUUCUGCAAACAGAUGCUUCCCUAGUGAAUCUUGUAAAUGUGAGGAUGCAGAGAGGUGUAAAAUGAUUUAUUUUAGAGAAAUAACUGUAGGUGAAGCCACACAGACCACAAGAAUAAAAAAAAAAAAAGGAUGAGUUUAUUUUUGUCCUCUGUAUAUCUGUGAGUUGACAUUUGCAGAUGUUUUUGUGGGGAGUGUUUUGUUGUU